AUGCUCGAUGGCAUUCUGUUGGGUUACAUCAUCCGCCUGAUCCUGAUGCGGCCCUUUUCCAGUAUCCGUCUCGCCUUAGACGGUCUCAAGGCGGCCGUCAGCUUCACCAGGAUGCAACGGUUGCCUAUCGAGAUCAUGACAUACAUAGCAAACUCCCUGGACUUACACGAUACGUUCAAUCUCAGCCUGACCAAUGCCCCGUACUCAGCCGACGUCCAAGAUGCACGCUCCUCCAAGCAAUACGCCCGUUGCUUGCGGCGACUGGUCAAGAUCCAGAAUGCUGUCGCUACCGCCGCGCCGUACUCCGCCGCAAUUGCUGCUCAUGCGGAUGACUUCAUAUACUGUGAUGGAAUGCUUUGCUACACCCAAGGCUAUGAGUCGCUCCGCCUUCUCCAUCUACAUGGAUCUGCGGACUCGGAGAUCGUUAUCGACAUCCGUACGCUACUGUUGUCUAUCCCAGGACUGGGCAUUGGGAAUAGCAAGUUCAAGUUCCGGCCAGUACACUUCGCCUGCGGGAUUGUAAGCUGUCUUUACAAUCCACCAAAGACAGGAGGUCGAAGCCGACUUGUCAUUAUAGAUGUGCGGCAAAGGAAGCUUCUAACAGCCCAUGUUCUCGAAUCAACAUCCAAGCUGUUUGCACGCAACAACAAGGAAUGUCUCUACUAUGGCACCCACUCAAUGAUUGGAGAUGACGGCUUCAAAAGAUGGGUUCUGAGGCGAUUCGACAUCUGCAAGGAACAAUGGGCUGCAGGCCGUUUGGACCUCGAGGACCUAGUCGGAUCAGACGUCGGCUCUACUGUUUGCUUUGAAGUCAUCGACAAUAACUUUUAUGGAAUCUCAAGCCUGAACACUUUUGAUGUCUACGAAGCUGAUUGGACCUCACACUAUUGCGGCUUUCGUUUACCGGUGGGAAGUUUAGAGGCCAAGGACAUGCAGCUAACAUCGGAAAAUGCCAUGUGGCGCCGGCAACACGAAGAGGGACCCAUUGAUGAUAGAUGGAGCACUUUGCAACUUGAAAAGGACCAGGUUACUGGGAAUAUCAUGGUUUCGGAAUGUCGAAGAGAAUGGCUUGUCGACGAGUGUUCAAGCACGAGAACAUCGUAUCGGACAGAGCUUAUCUUUUCUAAUCGACGCAACCGUGCAAACGACUCAGACUCCGAUUCCGACCCCGAAAGCGAUGCCGAAAGCAACGAAGUUCCACCCACUCAUUCAUGCUCAACUGGUACAGUAGUCCAAGCCAACAAACAGCGCGAGUCUUCAACGUUUCACAGAGGCGAUGACGGCUCAACGACCCCAGCAAUAACUCUUAGCCAAUGUUUCAUACGUUCUUAUAACCAUUCCUGCGAAACGUUUAUCGACCUGGUCAACGACCCUGUUGCUUCCGAUUCUAUGAUGCGAAGGCCGCAGCUACGUUCAAUAUCCCGUUUUAGCCACGCCAGAAACAACCACGGUCUUCAAUGGUCACCUGCAGACGGCGCGGGGCGAGGGGAUCUCCAACCCUGUACGCUAAAUAAGAUCUCGUGGUGGCCACCAAAAACCGAUACAAGGCAGAAAAACGUGUGCCUCUCAGAGUUGGAUAGCAUUCUCAACCCCAAAGGCCACAAUGCGUACAGUCCUAUCUCAGGGGUCAUGGACGACCGCUCGAUAGUCUAUGCCGUCGGACCACGGGCACCCCAUAGUACGCGGCCGCUGGUGUUCAUCUCAUUCGAUCCCGCUAUUAGGCUUCCAAACCUCAACAACUGGCCCGGUGGCCCAACGACACCACCACGAACUCAGUCCAAGGCACAGGGGGACGACGUGACAAGCCCCUGUCACUAUCCCACACCGCAGUCGCUGCCGGUCUCGGGGCCUGCCUCAAGGAACUCCUCUUUCAGUGAGGGGUCAUACCCUGGCCCAAGACGACCAUCACCCGACAUACAGUCAGAAUUAUGCAAGGCCGGAGCCUCAACUUGGAUAAGGAGAGCUCCAGCCGCGUACUUGCAGAGAGCUUGCACUCCUGGGAAGCCAUUCGGCUAUGACUUCGCUUACAGCGGGCACAAUUCGGCAUCGUCUCGAAGUUAG